AUGUGCGAAUUCACAGGUGACCGCUCGGGGAACUACGGUUACAGCUUGAUCACUUCCUUGGAACUGAAGAUGGGCUCCUCCAUUUCACUGGACAUCCGGGUUGGGCGCACUCCUAGCGGCGUCCCCUUCCUGAGCAUUACGGCUUGCAAGUCCAUUCUCGGAGAUGUGAAAAUCAUUCUUGGUGGACACAACUUGCUUGGCUUUCUGAAACCUAUUCAAGACCACAUCCGUGCUGCUUUGGUGGACCAGAUGUGUCUGAGUGUCUCCAAUGUGGUUUUGGAACUCAAUACCAAGAUGGGCGCCUUGGUUGGCGUGAAUUCCAUCAACCCCAUGUCGAGGUUUCAGUACUCCAUGCUGGACCCACCUGAGAUCACCAGCGAUUACAUCGAUCUGGACUUAAACGCAGCUAUUGCAUUGAUGGGGAGGCCCUUUGACAUCUCCGGUCCCGAGAUCCCUUUCUCUCUGCCUCCCCCUCGGAAGGAUGAUGGCGACUCCAUGGUGAACAUGGGCAUCUCGGAGCCCUUUAUCAGCAAGAUGUUUGCCACCUUGAUGAAAUCCGGAGUCCUCAAUUUCAACAUGCGAAACCCUUCGGUCAGUAGAAUGAUGGGGCUCUAA